AUGGCAGACUUCAAAUCGUCACGGACAGUCGAGGACGGCCCAGUUCCCCCCAGUCCCACGAUGUCUACCUCGCCACAGGCUCUGGAUCUUGACCACCUGCCAGAUGGGUACUAUCGCAGCAUAAACUUCAUUGGGUCGCUAGUCGCUGUGUGCCUUAUGGCGAUUAGUUUGUACCUAGGCUUCGUCUUGCCGGUUAACAGUUUGACCGCCAUCAAUGCCGAUCUUGGCCCAGACCCCAGUUACAACAUGAUUACUACUAUGUUUACCCUCAUUUCAGGUGUCGCGGUCUUACUGGUUGGCCGUUUUGGCGACAUCUUUGGCCGCAGAUACUUCUUGAUUGGCGGUCAAUUCCUGGGCCUGAUCGGAGCCAUUGUCUGCGCAACGGCCAAGAAUGUCCCAACUGUGAUCGGUGGGAGCGCACUUUGCGGUCUCGCUGCAGCUGUGCAGUUGACCUUCACCUUCGUUAUCGCCGAACUGGUGCCUAACAAAGCGCGUCCUCUGGUUAAUGCAGCUAUUUUUAUCACUACGUUCCCUUUCGCUGCGUUCGGUGGUAUUAUCGCGCAAAAAUUUAUCGCUAACACCGAAAAAUCCUGGCGCUGGACCUACUACUUGAACAUCAUCACAUGCGGUCUCUCCGUCAUCUUGUUUGCGUUUUGCUAUUUCCCUCCAGGCUGGAAUGUGAAGCACAAGGGCGACUCCAAGUUAAACGCCUUGAAGAAGUUCGACUAUCUUGGAUUUGUUUUGUAUGCUGCUGGUCUUAUCCUGGUCCUACUUGGUCUUUCUUGGGGUGGUUCUUCGUAUCCAUGGAAUUCUGGACACGUCGUUGGAGUUUUGGUUGUCGGUUUCGUUUCGCUAAUCGCAUUUGUGAUUUACGAAAUCUUUGUCCCCCUUGAACAACCACUCCUACCAAUGUCCUUGCUCAAGAACCGUGGUUACACCGCCACCGUCUGCUCCGCCUUGGUCGGUAACAUGGUGUACUUUUCAAUGAGUCUUCUAUGGCCUGAAGCUAUUCAAGCUUUAUUCACAACUGAUGCGAUCAAAACCGGUUGGCUUUCGAUCUCCACUGGUACUGGUGUUAUUGUUGGUGAAAUUGCUGCCGGUAUCUUGAUGAAGCCCCUAGGCCACUCGAAAUACCAACUCAUCGCCUCGACGGUCAUCAUCACCGCCUUUUCCGGGGCUUUGGCCGCAGUAAACCAAAACCGGCAAUCGCUCGGCAUUGCGUUCACGGCAAUUGGCGGCUUUGGUGUGGGCUACCUCGAACUCAUCACGUUGAUCAUGUGUCCUCUGUACUGCAAGCCGGAGGAUAUUGGUCUUGCGAGUGGAUUCCUCGGAUCGGCAAAGCAAGUUGCCGGAACUAUUGCCACCGCAAUCUAUAUUGCUAUUCUCCAGAACCGUCUCACCACUAACCUACCCCGUGAUGUUUCGGCGGCAGCUCUUGAUGCGGGUCUACCAAAAUCCUCCCUGGUUGAUCUUCUUGAAAAUGUCAGCAGCGGUGAUCUGAGCUCUGUCCCCGGCAUUACCGACAAUAUCAUUGUUGUCGUGACCGAUGCGGUCAAAACGGCUUACUCGCAGUCUUUCCAGACCGUAUUCCUGGCUAGUAUUGCAUUUGGAGGCAUCGCUGUUAUCGCUGCCCUGUUCUCUGUUCCGGUUGACGAAAAGCUCGACAAUGUUGUCGCAGCCAAGUUGUCUGGGACAGGCGCUAGCCAAGAGGCAUUUAACGAGACGGAGAAAACGCACGAGUAG